UAGAAGAUGAUUCUUCUUAAGUUUAAAAAAUAAAAAAAAUAAUAAAGCUUUUGUUUAGACUCUGAUACAAGGCAACAGUCUUAUGAUAAAUUCUGAAUUCUUUGUAUUUUUAGACAAUAGUAGCAUUACACUUAGGAAACCUGCGAUAACCCCUGAGAAAUCAUCAUCUAUCUCAUUUGCUGUGCAGUUUCCCAAGAUUAUCAAAAAGUGGUUCUGAUUUUUUCUUUCUUUUUACUUAAAUGUGUACCUUUCUUUUUUUCUUGUCUCAUUUUCACAUUUAGGAGAAGAAAAAUAAAAACAUAGGAAGAUAGAAAUUUUUUAGUAUAGGGUCAAGGCUUGGACAUUGUAACUUUUCAAGUUUAAGUUUAGUCAAGGCUCGGACAUUUUAACUUUUCAAGUUUAAGUUUGAAUAGAUUCAAUUUUGAGUAUAUAUUUUAAACCCUAAUAAGGGCUUUUUAUUUUAAUUAUAUCCUAGUAAGAGUUUGGUACAAAACACUAGGCAGCCUUCAAGUUUACGUUUGAAUAGAUAAAAUUUCAAACCCUAAUAAGGGUUUAAGUACUAUCAUUAUUAGGGUACUCAAAAGAACUGAAUGUUCCCAUUGAGAAUCAAAACAAGUGAUGCAAAUUUUUGUUAUGCUCAUUGCUACUAUUGAGGAUGCAAGUUUUAUUAUGAUACUGAAUGUAUGGACAUCUUAAUUUUCAGAGAUUGUAUAUUCAAGGAAAAAUGGUGCAUGGGUUACCGAGGAUUCAAGCAAGGGGAAAUGAAGUGUGCAAGGGUCUUGCAUGUUUUGUUCCAUCUCUUAGCAGCUCUUGACAUUUCCUGACUCACAACGCUUCGUUUUCUUUGAAUAAUCCUUGUGACCCUUUGGCCAGUUUUAGACCCACUCUAAUUCACAUUUUUGUUUUGUCGUCUAAGUUUCCCUAGUGUUGUGACCCUUCUGCCAUUUUUAGACCCACUCUAAUUCACAUUUUUGUUUUGUCUUCUAAGUUUCCCUAUUGUUUUAUGUUACUCUUUCUUUCUGAUUAGAAAAUUCUCAAUUCACUUUAUGUCUUUAGCAUAAGCGUCUCUUUCCUCUCCUAUAAUUUUUUUUCAGGUACGAUCUUGGGACAAGGACUCCCCUCUACGCAAGAGGCAAACUAUCGGUUGACUCCUCUAACUCAAAAAUGGUCAACAAGGUUCUAACAUCAUUUGUAUAGAGGGGGCAUUUUUAUGCAAUUGCAACCCACUAAUUGUUUGUGAGUGGUGGAAUUGCUGGCCUUUCUGGAUUCUUCUUAUCCAAUUAUUGCUUUGGGCUUAGCUGCAGGGUUGUUCUUGGUUUUCUGAUGGCAAUCGAUUGGCUGCCUGUCACAACUUCCACAUUUGCUUUCCUUGUUCCAACAACUGAUUCAGUCUUCUUAUUUCUUGCUCAUAUUCCUCAUCCUGGUAGUAUCUUCUUUCGUGUUUUUUUUUGACAAAGGGCUUAUUUUGAUGUUUAUCAUUGAAUGAUUGUUCUUCUUUACCAUGACAUUUUUCCCUGUCCUUGUAUCAUUGUCAGUUUUUUUGUUGUUCUGCUUUUCUCUCUUGGCAUGUAGAUCAUGAAGGACAAUGUAGUGUCUUUACAAUAUUCUAGAUAAGUUUAUCAUUAAUGAGUCAACAUGAGUAAUAAUGAUCAGGCUGUCCAAGACAGCAGCUUAAGGCACUUGGUUUUUUUGGGACUCUUGUUGUAAGAAUGUUAAGUUUAUGGCAGUUGCUCUUAUCUUUCUUGGUUGAAUUCCACAGUCCCUUGAACUGAUUGUCUCAUUCAUGCUUAAUUAUAUAUCUCUAUUGUGAUAUGACGUUAAUUAAUGUUGUUGACAACUUUUCUAACUGAUCCAAAUUCGUAAAAGGAAUGUUAACACAUAAUAACAAAAGAAUAGAACAUAAACAUGUACUAGUAAGUGGACACAACAUGGAAUAUAUCAAAGCAGUGAAUGCUUGUAGGCUUGUAGCUAUUUACCUUGAUCAAGAUUAUUGUUCAUAUAAGAGGAUUAAUUGAGAGGUGUGCCAGCUGGACCACAAUUGGGUCAAUGCUGAUCAAUUCUCAGUGAUGACAAUGAAUCUAGUGAGGAAGACAAUAACAGUGAGGAAGAAAAUGAAGGUAUGGUGGUUGAAACCAAUAAGAGUAAAGAUGCAGUAGCAAUGGCACUAGCAGCAGCAGAUGCUAUUGGAAAUAAAUCGGUAGAAUUUCCGAGGGAGCUGAAGGUUGACGAGAUUGCUGAUGGCCUUAAAGAACUUGACAUGGAGCAUUAUGAUGAUGAUGAUGAUGAAGGCAUUGAUAUUUUUGGGAAUGGUUCUGUUGGUGGAUUUUACUGCCCAAGCAGUGACAUGGGCAAAUAUCCCUCUGCAGUUGAUGAUGAUGAAGAUGAGAUUGAGGACAUGACAAUAAAACCUUCCGACCAAAUUAUAAUAUGUGCUCGCAAUGAAGAUGAAGUUAGCCAUCUAGAGAUCUGGGUAUAUGAGGAACAAACUGAAGAGGGUGGUUCUAACAUGUAUGUUCAUCAUGAUAUCAUCUUGCCAGCCUUUCCUCUUGCCCUUGCUUGGCUGGAUUGUAACCUGAAAGGUGGAGAUAAAGGAAAUUUUGUUGCUGUUGGAACAAUGCAACCAGAGAUUGAGAUUUGGGACCUUGAUGUUCUUGACGCAGUUGAACCUAGUAUAAUGCUGGGAGGUGUUGUCAAAUGUGACACAUCGAGAAACAUAGCCAAAAUCAAGAAGAAGAAAAAAAAUAAACAGGCUGCCACCUAUAAAGAUGGAAGUCAUACAAAUGCUGUCCUUGGUCUGGCAUGGAAUUCGGAGUACAGAAAUGUCUUGGCCAGUGCAAGUGCUGACAAAUCUGUUAAGAUAUGGGAUAUUGUUGCUGAGAAAUGUGAACACACAAUGCAUCCUCAUACAGAUAAGGUUCAAGCUGUAGCAUGGAAUUCCAAUCAAGCAACAGUUCUUCUUAGUGGAUCGUUUGAUCGUUCUAUAGUGAUGAUGGACAUGAGGGCUCCAACACAUCCGGGAGUACGGUGGCUGGUUCCAGCAGAUGUGGAAAGCCUUGCAUGGGAUCCACAUACCGAUCACUCAUUUGUGGUUAGUCUUGAAGAUGGCACUGUACGGGGUUUUGAUAUUCGUGUGGCAGUAUCAGCUGUUGAUUCUGAAGGCAAACCAAUGUUCACACUUCAUGCACAUGAUAAGGCUGUCUGCACAAUAACCUACAAUCCUGCUGCCCCAAAUUUACUUGCAACAGGAUCUACUGAUAAGAUGGUAAAAUUGUGGGAUAUGACAAAUAAUCAGCCUACAUGCAUUGCAUCAACCAAUCCCAAAGUUGGAGCUGUGUUUUCAGCUUGUUUUUCAAAAGAUAGUCCGUUUUUGCUUGGCGUUGGAGGUUCAAAAGGAAAUUUGCAUGUAUGGGAUACCCUAGAUAAUUCUGAAGUUAGCAGAAGAUUUGGAAACUUCAGACCACAGAAUUAAUCCUUACGCUUCUCUCCAAUUUUCUUUCUAGAAUGUUUCUUACAAAAUUUGCAGAUAUAGUUGUAUAUUAUGGCUUGCAUUAAGCUUAAAGUUUUUGCCAUUGCUUUUUGCCUUUUUUUGUUUCUAUUAUUCUUUAGUGGAAUAUGCCUAAGCAUCAAAUUGCUUGCGGUCAAAGUUUUGUUAGGUUAAAUGGUUUCUAAGCAGUAUUGUGGCAUGUUGUUCCUUGGAUAUAAAAAUGGGUACCUUUAUCAAUAUAAUUCUUUGUUGCAAGCUCCA